UUCAGUUAUUUUGGUACUGCCAACAUAACUGAAGCUUCAUCGGUCUGCUUCCGCCUGUAACUUCCUCUGUUUGCUAUCGGCUCGUUCGUUUUUGAGCCAUGGGUCGUGUAAUUCGCGCUCAGCGUAAGGGAGCUGGAUCAGUUUUCCGCUCCCAUACUAAAAGGAGGAAGGGAGCACCAAAGCUUCGCUCUUUGGAUUUCUCAGAGAGGCAUGGAUACAUCAAGGGUGUUGUGAAGGAUAUAAUCCAUGACCCUGGUCGUGGUGCACCUCUGGCCAUGGUUCACUUCCGUGAUCCAUACAAGUUCAAGACUCGUAAGGAAUUGUUCAUUGCUCCAGAAGGCAUGUACACUGGACAAUUCUUAUACUGUGGAAAGAAGGCGAACCUUCAAAUUGGCAAUGUUAUGCCUGUUGGUCAAAUGCCUGAGGGUACCAUCGUGUGCAAUCUGGAAGAGAAGACUGGUGACAGGGGUCGGUUAGCUCGUGCAUCUGGAAACUAUGCUACAGUUAUUGCUCACAACCCUGACAGUAAGAAGACCAGAGUCAAGCUUCCUUCAGGUGCCAAGAAAGUCAUUCCAUCCAACAACAGAGCCAUGGUUGGCAUUGUUGCUGGUGGUGGACGUAUCGACAAACCCAUCCUGAAGGCAGGUCGUGCCUACCACAAAUAUAAGGCUAAGAGGAACUGCUGGCCUAAGGUUCGUGGUGUUGCUAUGAAUCCUGUGGAGCAUCCUCACGGAGGUGGUAACCACCAACAUAUCGGUAAGGCAUCUACCGUCAAGCGAGGAACCAGCGCUGGUCGUAAGAUUGGUCUUAUUGCUGCCCGUCGUACCGGAAGAAUCAGAGGAGGAAAGACCGAUACCAAGAAGGACGAUUAGGCCACACGUUAAUUGUCUUGGUACAUAUUCUACAAUAAAAACACAAAAAAACCCAAUGCCCAACAAAUGUUUCAUCCAAAUGACAA